AUGAACAGGUACCAGUUGCUAUUCCCGUACUACAUUUGGCCUGAAGAACUCCUUAAGGACAUACUCCCUGACCAGGUCUGCAUAUUUUAUUGUUGGUGCGAUUGCAGCUCACCUGAUGUAGUACGUAUGUUUACAACUAUUCUUAACGUUUUCAAUUCAUUCCCUGUUCACUGCCAAGACACGCGCCUGUCCGUACGAAAAGAAUCUUUGAGAACAUUUAUAUCUAAUUGCAGCAACAGGGCGGCAUGCUACACCACAUUAUUUUAUUUUUGUUGCUGUGAUAACACCAGGUUCAUCAUGCUAGCCAUUGACACCUCCAUUUAUGGCGUGCCAUAACGGCUCUUCUGUCAGAAUCAGUCUCUACAGUAGGACCGGAUCGAAUUGGUCCAAACUUUUGUAACUAAACAGAAUUUAUUGCUGA